CACCCCGCGAGAGGCCGGGCCGGGCCGGGCCGCUGCGUUUGAGGGGCUCCGCGCCGGGGCGGGUCGCCGUGCUGGGGGCCGGGCCUGGUGGCGCUCGGGGCCCGGGGGGCUGCAGGCCUGGUCGGGGCCCGGCCGGGGGGCGCCAUGGCGGCCGCCGAGACGAAGAUCAUCUACCACCUGGACGAGCAGGAGACGCCCUACCUGGUGAAGCUGCCGAUCCCGGCCGAGCGGGUCACCCUGGGCGACUUCAAGGGUCUCCUCAACCGGCCCAACUACAAGUUCUACUUCAAGUCUAUGGACGAUGACUUCGGGGUCGUGAAGGAAGAAAUCUCAGAUGAUAAUGCCAAGCUUCCCUGUUUCAAUGGCCGGGUGGUGUCCUGGCUGGUGUCUGCGGAGGGGUCGCACUCAGAUGGGGGGUCUGUCUGUGCCGACAACCAGCCGGAGCUGCCGCCCUCCAUGGAGCGUACCGGGGGCAUUGGGGACUCCAGGCCUCCCUCCUUCCACCCCAAAAUCGGGGGGAGUCGGGAGAACCUGGAUAACGAGACGGAGACAGAUUCAGUGGUUUCAUCGCAGAGGGAGAGACCUCGCCGGAAAGAUGGGCCUGAGCAUGCACCCAGAGUGAAUGGGACGGCAAAAGGAGAGCGGCGCCGAGACCUAGGUGGGUACGAGAGCUCUUCCACUCUCAUGAGCAGCGAAUUGGAGACCACCAGCUUCUUCGACUCGGAUGAGGAUGACUCCACCAGCAGGUUAAGCAGCUCGACAGAGCAGAGCAGCGCCUCCCGCCUGAUGAGAAGGCACAAGCGACGCCGGCGGAAACAGAAGGCCCCACGCAUUGAGCGGUCGUCGUCCUUCAGCAGCAUCACGGACUCAACUAUGUCUCUGAACAUCAUCACGGUCACUCUGAACAUGGAGAAGUACAACUUCUUGGGUAUCUCCAUCGUGGGACAGAGCAAUGAGCGUGGGGACGGUGGCAUCUAUAUCGGCUCCAUCAUGAAGGGGGGCGCAGUAGCAGCCGAUGGCAGGAUCGAGCCGGGAGACAUGCUCUUGCAGGUGAACGAUAUCAACUUUGAGAACAUGAGCAAUGAUGAUGCUGUGCGCGUGCUGAGGGAGAUUGUGCACAAGCCAGGGCCAAUCACUCUGACUGUGGCCAAGUGCUGGGACCCCAGCCCCAGGGGCUGCUUCUCGUUACCCCGGAGUAAGUGGAUUCCUGACUCGCCCUUAACGCUGGUGCCCAACCCAUUUGCUCCCCAGCGGAUCUGGGCUGGGCCAGACUCUCCAUGCUCCGAUCCGGGUGAGCCCAUCCGACCCAUCGACCCGGCAGCCUGGGUUUCCCACACGGCAGCGAUGACUGGCACCUACCCGGCGUACGGUAUGAGCCCAUCCAUGAGCACAAUCACUUCCACCAGCUCCUCCAUCACCAGCUCCAUCCCAGAGACCGAGCGCCUCGAUGACUUUCACCUGUCCAUCCACAGCGACAUGGCCACCAUCGUCAAAGCCAUGGCCUCCCCCGAGUCAGGUCUGGAGGUGCGUGACCGCAUGUGGCUGAAGAUCACCAUCCCCAAUGCCUUCAUCGGUUCAGACGUGGUAGAUUGGCUCUAUCACCACGUGGAAGGUUUUACAGAUCGGCGAGAAUCCCGCAAGUACGCCAGCAACCUGCUGAAGGCCGGCUACAUCCGACACACUGUGAACAAGAUCACCUUCUCAGAGCAGUGCUACUACAUCUUCGGAGACCUCUGCGGCAACAUGGCUAACCUGUCCCUGCAUGACCAUGACGGAUCCAGCGGCGCCUCAGAUCAGGAUACGUUGGCUCCACUCCCCCACCCAGGAGCUGCACCGUGGCCCAUGGCUUUCCCAUAUCAAUACCCACCACCUCAUCCAUACAACCCCCACCCAGGAUUCCCUGACCCAGGCUACAGCUAUGGUGGGGGCAGUGCAGGCAGCCAGCACAGUGAAGGGAGUCGCAGCAGCGGUUCGAACCGCAGCGGCAGUGAGAGGAGAAAGGAGAGAGACCCGAAGCCUGGCGAGUCCAAGUCAGGCGGCAGUGGCAGUGAGUCGGACCACACCACCCGGAGCAGUAUGCGGCGGGAGCGGGCGGCCAGUGAGCGCUCGGUGCCAGCCAGCCAGCACAGCCAGCGCAGCCAGCACUCCCUAGCUCACAGCAUCCGCAGCCAGCAGUCGUAUGGGCCGCCUGGCCUGCCACCCCUGUACAGCCCGCCCAUGCUGCUGAUGCCUCCGCCGCCUUCCGCCCUGGGGCCCCCAGGAGCCCCACCGGGCCGUGACCUGGCCUCUGUGCCCCCUGAACUGACGGCCAGUAGACAGUCGUUCCGAAUGGCCAUGGGCAACCCCAGUGAGUUCUUUGUGGAUGUCAUGUGAAGCACCCGUCCCCCUGUCUGUCUGCUGCCCUCGUCGGUUUGUCUUCUAGGAACAGCCCUGCCUUCACUUUGUUUUUUUUGUCUUGAUAACUAAAAAAGGGAAAAAUAAACUGAACUAAACCUUGAUUUUAAUCCCUACUCCUGUGGCGUGGAGGCGGGGGCCAGCAGGCCUUGCUGAGCCCUGCCCGGCCCAGCCCACCUCCGGACUCGUGUGUGCAGAGGCAAGUUGCUGCUGCUUUUGCAAGCCCCUAACCCCCAUCUCUAACCCCAUUAACCCGCAUCCAUCCUGGUGCCUGUGCUGCUCGCCCGUGUGUAGCUGCCGCUGCCACCUCACUCCUUCCACCCUAAACGUCUCCUCUUUCUUUUCACCCUUUUGUGUUUCUUCUGUCAAGCAGCAAAGAAUUACGGGGUGUUUGACUUCCUCUGAGCUUGCCGCCCGCAGGGGUGAGAGCUGGAGCAUGGCAUGGCAGCUUGGCCCAACAGAGGAGGACACGAAGCCCCAAGGGCGCUGGGCACGUACAGUGCUGAAGAUGGCUUCUUUCCCACUAGCUGACGACGCCCCCCCGUUCCCUCCACAACCCUGAGAGGGGAGCAGGGCCAGCUCCAGCCUUGUGUGUGUUCAGAUCAAUAAAUGUAGCCAUCUCCUGGCCAAUGGCAUGAAUGUUCCAUGGCUUCAGUGCCUCUGGGGAGUGGAGAAGGUGAGGCCCCAGCUGGGAGGGUACCAGGCCUUGUUCCCACACUCCACCACAACAUGGUCAGGCUUGGGCCAGGGUCUGUUACUCUCUGUAUAGCAUUAAAUGCAGUGCACCCCUGUGGCAAGGCCCCAGUUGGGUUUGGAGGCAGUACACUAAUGAGGUUCUGUUCUUGACUGAGUGCUGUUGGGUCAUUAACUCCCAUAGGAGGUGCAGGCCAGCAUCCGGAGCCUGAAGUUUCUGAAAUACCUACCAUCCAUUACUCAAGGCUCUGCUUGUGCCCAUGAGCUGCGGGGUGUGGAUUUGGCUGAAUGUGAGGGUUUCAUUUGCACCCUCUGCAAGUGCGGAUGUCUAGCUCUGAAAAUGUGCCUUUAGUCUAGGCAGCCCCUCCGUGCCUCUCCCACCCGCUGCAUGACCAUGGGCCUGACUACCCAUUCCAUGGCCACAGAGCAUGCGCCAUCCAGGCCUGCUGUGUGUAGCUGGGGGCAUCAGCUACUGGCUGUACUCUCCUACACUGGUGCUUAGCAGCAGGCUCAAGCUGCAGAAGCUAUUAGGUCUAAGCAGAGCAAGAGGAUGGGGUAAGAAGCUGAGAAAGGGGCAGCUGUGGUGUUUCCAGAGUGGGGGUGAGCACAAUAGCAAGUUCCCCUGCGUUUGCUGCCUCCCUCCGUUGUUCUAGAGGGGUAAGGGGCUUCCUGUCCUCAUCUUCUCCAUGGACGAGGGAGGGGUGGGGACGGACCAGGCUCCAAGGAGACUGGAGAGUGACAGCCUUGGCCCUGCUGUGACAGUCCCUACUUGAGAGGCUGCCCCCUUCUGUGACAUGGCACUGCAGCCCCUGCCUGUGGCAUGUGUGCAGGGCCUGGGCCCUCUCCCUGUGGAGGACAGCAGUGAGUUGAGCUGUUAGAGAAAAGUUCCCUUUUUCUCCCUCGGCCUCCUGGAGUCUCUCAGAGCCCUGCUCCUCCUGCCUGAUGCUGGAAUGACAGAGAGGCUAUCUUGGGUAACUGGCUAGUGCACGAGACAGUACCUGGUACGCUAAGCUGCACCGCAGCCAAUGGGGGGCUUUGCCACAGUCUCCCUUUCCUCCCUGGGUCCUCUCGCUGCCAUGCAACAGCUUCCUCUGCAACAGUGUAAACUCCUUGGAGUUGUGGUUAUUCUUCUUCUUAGCAGGUGAAAUAUAUCUUACACCUGGCACCAGCUCAUCUACUGCCCCCUAUUCUGCCCUGUCUGCCAUCCCAGCACCAGCCAUCCUGCCCUGUGUGCCAUCCUCCUGCCCCUCUAUCGCAGCACCAGCUCUUCUACAGUCGUCCAUUCUCCUAGCUCCCUACCCUGCUACCAGUGCAUCUACUGUGCAUAAUCCUUCAUAUCUACCCUGGUGCCAGCCUGUCUAAUAUCCACUAUCCUGCCCCAGUGUGCCAUCCUGCCAGCUCACGCUGCCACCUACCAUCCUCCCCUGCCUUCCAGCCAACUCAUCAUCCUGGCAUUGGCCUGGCUCCUCCCCCUGCCCGCUGGGUUUUAUAAAAACAAAACCAAUCUUCCUUGUUUUUAUUUAUAAACAUAGUUUUAUUGGAA